AUGGCUCAGGUAUGCAGGCUGGGCCUGCUGCUGGCGCUGCUCAUGCCUGUGGUGGGCGCCUCUAUACCAGGCACCGUGGUCAGACUCAACAAGGCAGCGCUGAGCUACGUGUCCAAAGUCGGGAAAGCCCCUCUCCAGCAGGCCCUGUGGGUCACUGUGCCGUACUUCCUGGAACAGAGUGGAGAGGGGCUGCAGCCCACCAGGGUCCAGAUUCUGGACGUCCAGGUGCCUCGCCUUCACCUGAACUUCAUCGACGGUUUUGGGAUACGUUUGUUGGCAGCAGCCAACUUCACUGUCAAGGUCUUUCGAGUCCCCGAGCCCCUGGAGUUGAUCCUGCCCGUGGUACUGCUGGCCGAUGCCCACGUGGCCCAGGCCUCCAUCGGGACCCCUGUGGUCAGCAUCUCCGCCUGCUUGUUACUCUUCAACAAAGCCAUCGUGUUUGAUGACACUCACAGCACGCCCCCCGCACUGCUCGUCCUGGUGCAGCAACACGUCAGAGCCGUCCUGCGCAACAAGGUGUGUCUGAGCAUCUCCAACCUCGUGCAGGGCCUCAAUGUCCACCUGGGAACUUUAAUUGGCCUCAAACCUGUGGGUCCUGAGUCCCAGAUUCGCUACUUCAUGAUCAAUGCGCCCAACAUCACUAAGAACUACAUUUCCUUGGAUAUCAAUGCUGUUCUCUUCCUUCUGGGCAAGCCCAUCCUCCUGCCCGUGAAUGACAACCCCUUUACGCUGCCGGAGCAGGUGGGCACUAGAGGUGCCAUGGUGACCGUGGGCCUCUCCCAGGGCGUGUUUGACUCUGCCCUCCUGCUGCUGCAGAAGGCUGGUACCCUCAACCUGGACAUCACAGGGGAGCUGAAUUCCAAGGACAACCUGCUGAACACCUCCAUGCUGGGACAGGUCAUCCCCGAGGUGGCCAGCCAGUUCCCUGAGCCCAUGCCCGUGGUGCUCAAGGUGCGGCUAGGCGGCACACCUACGGUCACAAUCCACACCGACAACGCCACAGUGCAGCUGAGUCCUUUCAUCGAGGUCCUGGCUGUGGCCUCCAACUCGGCUUUCCACUCCCUUUUCUCCUUCAACGUGACGGUGAAUCUUAGCCUCCAGCUCUUUGUGUCCAAGGUGAAGCUUCAGGGGACCGUGUCUGUUUUGGGGGGGAUCCAGCUCACCGUGGCCUCUUCCAAUGUGGGUUCCAUUGAGACGUAUAAAGUGCACACGCUCAUAGACACCGUGUUCAGGAAGCCCCUGCUGGACCACCUCAAUGCGCUCUUGGGCAUAGGGAUUGCCCUUCCCAACGUGGUCAACCUAAAUUAUGUCACCCCUGAGGUCUUUGUCCAAGAGGGUUACGUGGUGUUAUCCAGUGGACUCUCCUACCAGCACUGAGGCGGGAUGACUGGGAAGGCUAAGAGUGGGCCAGCUCCCUGCUUUGGGGGCCCCUCUCAUCUCAAGCCUCUUGGAAAACUGAGGCAAAGCCA